CUUCAGCAGUGUCAGUCAUCUCGUUAUCUCAGUGUGAACGGUUGUAAGAAAUCGCAUUGAAAACUGAACAAAUCAUUAUGAAUUGAGAGUAUCUUGGGAUUCAUUAUGUUAUUGAUGAAGACUCACAGUCCACAAUUGGUAGCCAGAUAAACUAUUUAUCCUCGAUUGGAUUUCAAGAUAGCAAUUGGAUUGAACCGGUUGAGCGCGAUAAAAGGCAGCCUAGCAACAAUCUUAAAAGGAAGCGAUAAGCAUGGAGAAAACUUCAUCAGAAAAACUCAAAGAAAACUUCGAAAUUCAACUCUCAGAACUUGAAAGCCUUGAGUCAGUAUAUUGCAAUCCCGGCGAGUUCAAAGUUGAAGAUAUAUGUACUCUAGUGGACAUCAAAGAAUUUGUGAGCGAUAAAACUACACUUCUGCCGCAAUAUCUAGAUGUAACAAUCAACCUCAUGGUGAAUGAUAUGAAAUUCGAACUAUGUUUCACAUUGCCUCAUGAAUAUCCUAAUAUUGAACCUGAAAUAUUUGUCAGAAACCAAACUCUGAAUAGAUCCAGACACAUACAACUCAAUAAGGACCUAACUCAGUAUAUUUCUAACGUAGAAAAGGGUGAGCCUUGUAUCUUUUCUGCUAUAUCAUGGCUGCAGGAUCACGCUGAACAUUAUGUCGAGAUAAAAGAGGAAACUUCUGCGAGAAACGAUUUGAAAGACGAGAAAUACGUUAGAUAUUGGAUUUACUCGCACCAUAUUUAUAGCAAGACUAAGAGGCGGGAAAUAGUGGAUUUGGCGAAUCGGUUGCACAUCGGAGGAUUUUGUAUGCCAGGCAAACCUGGUAUAAUUUGUGUGGAAGGAACAAAUUUUGAUUGCAGCGAAUGGUGGCAGUCAAUCAAGUCGAUGAACUGGAAAAGGAUUUUCCUGAAAGUCGAAGAAAACGACCAGGAAGAAAGGGGUCGAGGGUUCCUGAAAUUUGAGAAAUUUGAGGAGGUUGUGUUCACUAACAGUGGAAUGAAAUUCAAUCAUAUGGAUAUGGGAGAAUUACAUGUCUAUUUGGAUAAACACUCAUUAGCAUACAUUUUCAAAGAUCUCUUUGGUGUAGAUGGCAAAUCAAAUGUAUAGUGUUGGAUUAUCUACGUCACAUGUAUCUUAUAUUCUCAUUCAAUUUUGGUUUAUAUCAAUAUAAAAAAGUAGGCCACACAACGAGAAAAAGGAUUAGGUUUCAGAUCCAGGUUGUGUUGUUUUCUGUGAGAAAAUUGUAUUUCAUAUGAAAAAUUUCAUUCUAUAACCUGUCAA